AACAGGACACACGGUUGUUUCAUUUGCUGUUUCUUUUACUGCGUUACAUUCAAGAACGGAAUAAUUGGGCCGUCAUGUUUUCAGUCACGAAAAUCAUCUUGGUUUUCAGUUACGUCGCGUUUAAUAAUUACCAAGUGAUGGCUAACGGGCAAUUUCGUGGUGGACACGGAUCCCACCAGCACAUGAAGAAUCAGCACCAACAUCACGUUCCACAGCCAAAAGAAAAUAGCCCUGUUGUGUCGGUUCUCCAAGACAAGGAACUAAUCCACGAUCACGAGCAUUUGAAAGAAGAUUUGAAAGAAGUGUACACCGAAGACGAAAUUUUCAAAAUGACGUCGGAUGAAAUUGAAUUCCACUAUUUCAAGUUACACGAUUACGAUAACAACAACCUGCUGGAUGGUAUUGAAAUCAUGGCAGCCAUUUCGCACAUUGUACCGCAUGAUCCUGAUUUGGAUUUAGGCCGGCUACCUGAGGGUAAUGUCCUUACAACCGAACAACAACAGAAAUUACAGACGGCCAGAGAAAGGAAGGCGGAACAACUUGAACAUUUUACAAAGAUGAUUGAUAAAAUGAUUCAAGACAGUGAUAAGGACAAGGAUGGAUAUGUCAAUUAUCAAGAGUACAAAGGCGUCCGCCGACCAGAUGGCGUUUAAAAUCGUUCGGGAACUGUCGGGACUACUUCGUGCAACCACUAGAUGCCACUAGCUAUCAAAUAAAGACGCAACCCAAAGCCUUUAUUUAAAAAAAAGCAAAAAAAAAAAAAGUAUAGAUCCAAUAGCAUAUCGCUAACCUUAUGGCCAAUUGAUAGGCUUUCACAUUAGCUCUCCGUGCGCAAACACAUGAUAUCUUAUUCACGUCAAUCGAUUGCACGAAUAUAGUAAUGAAGAAAGCAGAACAGCGAA